CUCACAUGUUGUUGUGUACAUCACAUCCCGGUGUACAUCUACCGGUUGCUAAGCACAGUUAUCACGUUGUGUAUCAUUAUAGCCAAUGUUUUUGAUGUCAUUAGUUUUUUGAGCAAAAAAUCAGAAGAUGAAAGUUGUCGCGUUAAUAAGUGGAGGCAAAGACAGCUGCUACAACAUGAUGCAGUGUGUUGUUGCUGGGCACCGGAUCGUAGCUUUGGCCAACCUACGUCCUGCUAACACAGAUGAGUUGGACAGCUACAUGUACCAGACAGUUGGCCACCAGGCCAUAGAGCUGUAUUCUGAAGCCAUGGAUCUGCCCCUGUAUAGACGCACCAUUCAGGGCUCUAGCCUGGACACCAGCAGAAACUACAGUGUGACAGAGGGGGAUGAGGUGGAGGACCUAUAUGAGCUGCUUCGCCUUGUCAAGGAAAAAGAGGGUGUCGAGGCAGUGUCUGUAGGGGCCAUUCUCUCCGAUUACCAGAGGGUCCGUGUGGAAAAUGUAUGUUUGCGGCUAGGUUUGCAGCCCCUGGCCUACCUGUGGCGCCGAGACCAAGAGUCCCUGCUCUCCGAGAUGAUAUCAUCUGACCUCCAUGCUAUCCUCAUCAAAGUCGCCGCCUUCGGCCUGGAUCCAGAGAAGCACUUAGGACAACCUCUGGCUGACAUGGAGCCCUAUCUGAAACAGCUCUCCCAGAAGUAUGGAGUUCAUAUUUGUGGAGAAGGAGGUGAAUAUGAAACAUUCACCCUUGAUUGCCCCCUCUUCAAAAAGAAGAUGGUUAUUGAUGCAGCGGAGACAGUGAUCCACUCAGCAGAUGCCUUUGCUCCAGUUGGCUACCUGCGCUUCACCGAGAUCCACACCGAGAACAAAGAUGCCGAUGUGGUGGCGAGCGCUUUGCCCCAUGGUAGUUGUCCUUGCCAGAACGCCAUUGACAACAUGACUGAGGAGGUGGAAUAUGCUGAUCAAGCUCAAGACAACCAGCAAGAAUUUACAUCAAAAUGUGACCUUAGUUGUCAGCGGGGCCACGAUCUCCCUCCAUCCUGCUCACCAAGGAGCUCCAGGGGCUAUCAGUGGAUCUCUCGCAUCAAUGGCCUUCAGAGCAAAGAUCCCACCAUCCAGGGCCAGACAUCGGCGGCUUUUACACAGCUCCAAAGUGAGUUGGACAGCAGAGGCUGGAAAAUGAAGGACAUCAUCCUGGUCCACCUGUAUGUGAGGUCCAUGGAAGACUUUGUUCUACUCAACACAGUCUAUAAGAAACACUUUGGCAUAAACCCUCCAGCCAGGGUGUGUGUUCAGGCUCCUCUACCUGCUGGUCAGCUGCUGCAGAUGGACUGUCUGCUCCAUGACUGGGCCGAGCCCCUGGAGGAAGGCUGCUUCCACCAGAGGGAAGCCCUGCAUGUCCAGAGCCUGUCCCACUGGGCCCCAGCCAACAUCGGGCCCUACAGUCAGGCUCUCAGGGUUGAAGAGUCGGUUUUCUGUGCAGGCCAAAUUGCUUUGGUCCCGUGUACCAUGCAGCUGGUAAAGGCUGGCACCAGGACGCAGGCCCAUUUGUCCUUCAGCUAUGUGAAGAAGGUUCUGGAGGCUGUGAUCAGCAGUCUGACUCUAGCUCAUGUUGUCCAGGCCCACUGCUACACCACAAGACACCAAGACAUCCCCAUCAUCAGGGCCGUCUGGGAGAGCAUGCUGAGGGCCGCAGAGGAAGAGAAGGACUUGCUGUGGGAGCCUGAGACCAAACCCGCGCCGUUAUUGGUCGUCAUGGUACCAGCCUUACCCAAGGGUGCAGCUGUUGAGCUUCAUGUAACUGCAAUUCAGGAUGACCCCACCAAAAGGACUUCCUGUCACGUGACUACAAAGGUGGCGUGCGGAUCCAUAGAGUGCCACACUGUAAUGUCUGCUGACACGUGUAGUGCUUCACUCUCACUUUCCCUGGCUGUGCCCGGCAAUAACCUGGAGGUCUCCAGUGUGGAGGAUGUAACAGUAGCAGUUGGCGCUACAUUUAAGAAAGCCAUGAUGAAAAUGGAUGCUGAGCUGGUGCCGCUGUGUGCCAGGGUGUUCUACAAGUGCAACCACUCACUGGCACAGCAGAUUGUUAAAGGACUUGAAGAAAGUUUGAGAAGCUCUCUAGGAGAGUCCAGUCCGUCCAUGGCCCUGGUUCCAGUCCUGGACUUGCCUGACUCCCAGAUCCUCCACCUGUCCUGCUGGCUCAGUUUAUAGAAACACAGCCAGAGUCAACAACCAGACUCCAGUCAUCCAUAGCACCGGAAUUCAGUGGGGCUUUUCUAGAGGAGCGACUCUGACAAUCCAAAACCUAAUGACCUACUGUCAGGACAGGACAUAAGUGAAUGUGGAAAAAUAAAAACUGCAUAACUGCUCAUUAAUGUUGACUGUUUAUCACUGCUGAUUGUUGAAAUGUAAAGCUUUGUCUGUCUCCAAGUGGUUUUGAUGAGCGGUUUUGAGGAUGUGUUUAUUCCACUUCAUAUCCCAGAACUUAGGCCAAUAAUUCACUUUGUCCUCCUCUGGACUUGUAUAUUGCAGCAGCUGUCGUUCUGCCUCGGAAACAAGUCUCAUGGAACUUCUAUUAGCUGAAGCUGCAUACCAGAAGACUGGAGACCAUAGUCUACAAAAGGAGACACCAGCAGUGUCUCAUUCCACGAGGCGAUAAACUGUAUCCCCUGAUAUCCCACUGUUUCUGGUGGAAUUUCUCUCACCACGUUAGCUAACACCCCUCAUAAAGGCCUAGCGCCACCGCUGACACCAUCUGUUCAGUUGUAAACCUAUAGAUUUACUGUGUGACUGGUUUGUGAGAGUGUGUAAUGUGUAUGGAUGAGGUGACUGUGUUUCUCCCUCUCAUGCUUCAUGGGAUUCAAGGUGUGUUAUUAUUGUGUAAUAGGCAAUCAGCGCCAAGCACCUGAAAAGAUUAAGCCUCUUUAUGUUUUCUAUUGAUUCUAAGGCAACCUGGUUAAUAGGAGAGGGACACUGCAACACACAGCUGCAGGGUGUGUGUGUGUGUGUGUGUGUGUGUGUGUGUGUGUGUGUGUGUGUGUGUGUGUGUGUGUGUGUGUGUGUGUGUGUGUGUGUGUGUGUGUGUGUGUGUGUGUGUGUGUGUGUGUGUGUGUGUUGGGGCUGAAAAUACCACUAUUAACCAUUGCUCCUGGAACAUUUAUUUUCUCAAAGAUCAUGAACCAUAUUGAUGAUCUGAGUUGGAAUGCAUCUUCACUCUGGCUAUUCUCUUCAUCACGCUUGUGAUGGCGGGAGUGUGGAGUUGGCUAUUGAUCUUCACCAACCGCAGUGUUGUUUUGAUUGUUGUUAUCAAAAAUUGAACAAUAGAAGCAGCCAAUAGAGCCUGAAGAUUUUUAUUGAGGGUUGAAAAACACAAACAAGCAAUUAUUUAUGAGAGCGAGCAAGCCCCAUAAAUAUACAGUGUGUGUUAAUGUUCACCUGUUUGGUUGUAAAGGGCCCCACCAGGGGGAGAUUCACAAUUUUUGAAUGAUGCAGCUGUCAAAUAAGCUAUAUAUAUAUAGCUUAUAUAUAUAUAUAUAAGGUAUGGGUAUUUUUUAAUAAAGUACAUUUAUUAUGUACUUGUACAUUUCAGUCAAGUAAACACCCAUACAUUUAAUCGACAAAAUAUUUGAUUAUAUUUCAGUGUUUUGAAUAAAUGUAGGUAUAGCCACAGAUUUGGCAAUGACACAAAUAGCCGAAAAAGGCAUGAAUCAAAAACAAAGAUUCAUUGUUAAUUUUUUUGGUUCCUUUAAUUUCUAAAUGUGUGUAACAGUCUGAAUGCCAAGCACAGUGUUGCCGUACAAGACAGUGUUGGGCAAACAUGCACGUUCAGCAGUCUUCCCUGAUAAACAAUGGUUUACAGGGAAGAUUGAGAGGGGGGUUUUGUUCAAAUUGAGCAAUGAAUAUGAAGACAAACCACACACCAGUCAAUGGAAAUGUAUUUCAACUAUAUAUAGGCACUGGAUUUAACUUGAUUAUUAAAAUUCCACAUUUGCAAGUUGUUUUUUGUAUUGAGUUUUGAAUGCAUGUGCUUUUUUACUUAGUGGAACAAUGGCUAAAUGACAAGGACUUUUAUGUCACAUCACAAAAAUACAAGACUCAACAUUUCAGUAAACACAGGAGGAAAUCAGCCACUAAAAUUCAUUGUACGACAACUUAUUGUCGAUCGCACUGUAAACAUUACAUUAUUGUCUUUCAGUGUGCAUGUUUUCAUACAGACACAGCCAAAGCCACAAGUAUAUCAUCACAACCUCAACAUAGCUGAUGUGAUGGCCUAUGGCAAACAUUUCUUUGUGUCUUUACCACUGUGUUUUCUCACAAAAUGAAUAAAGACAGGGUGACAUUUA